AUGACAAAUAACUUGUUGUCUAUGGAAAAGGUAGUAAAAGUUUAUGAGAGAUCCGGAUCAGAAGAAGAAUUCAAUAUUACAAAGGAACAAGAGGAAAAGGAGAAAAAAGAAAUCAACAAAGAAAGGUCACUAUGCGUUGGUUCAAAAAGAUUCGACAAUCCAAAGAAAGAAACCAUUCAGGAAGUCACAGUCUGUAAAUCAAAUGUAAACAGUGAGCAAUGUGAUCAAUUGUGUCAAAAUACACAACAAAGUGUGAUGCAAAAUACAACUCAAAGUAGUAGCCAAACACAUCAAAACACAUCAUCAGGUUUAAUACAAUCGUUGUACAAUUUGGUUGGUUGUAACACUUUACCAUCCAUACAAAAUACUUCAAUUUCACAACAGAGUCUGCAGCCUAUACACAACGAACAGUUAAAUCAAAGUUCUUGUCAGGCUGCAGAUUUGACUCGGAUAACUCAAAAGAGUCAAUGUGGAAAUUUUAAGGCUUUGAAGGAAACACAAAGUGUCAUUCAACCAAUGUAUUGUGGUUUGAAAACAACAAACGGACAACAAUUUCGUUUAGAUGCAAAAACAGUCGAAAUUAAUUGUACUGGUCCACAACGUACAGCUUCUCAGUUUCCUUAUUAUACCAAAGUUAAACAAGAAAACAUCAAGUUUCCUCCAAUUAUACGCCCAACUUCAAAUGUUCAUAUGGAACUCGUUGAUAACGAAAAUGUUAUUUUGGCUUCAAAAGUACAGCAACAGUCCAAUGCAGAAAGAGUUGAAAACAAAAACAAACACAAAAAAGUAGCACAAGAAAUAUAUCAACAGUUGCCUCAUUAUUUACAAGUUAAACUCCAAAACACGGUUGCACACUUAACAAAUAAAGAUGUGCAAACAGAAACAGUAAAAAAUGAAAAUACCAUUUUAAAUCAACAUAUACAACAACAGUCAGAUAUGAAAAGAGUUGAAAAUGUAAACAGCACAGUUUCACAAAUGAAACAUGUUAAUUUUCCUUGUUUUGAACAACUCAAACAAGAAAACAUCAAAUUUGCGCCAAUUGUACGCCCAACACUUCCAUUGCAUAUGGAAAUACUUGAUAAUGAAACAGAGCCAUCCAUUGGUGAUUCCAUCGAGAAAAAAGAUGUUUUAAAAUAUCAAAAUGUACAAUCACAACCAAAUCAAAAAUGCAAUUCUAAUGAAAUACUUGAUAUUGCACUUAAAAAAGCCGUGAAUGGAGAACAUUUGAAAGUUCGACUGAAUUAUCAAAAAGAACAACUCACUAACAAGUAUUGUGAAAUGUUUCACAAUAUGAUUAAAAAAAGAACAGCGCAACCAAAAAGAUCUUAA